CUUAAAAGCUAUUUUUUCUUAUCUCACGAAGUAUAUACACACAUACACCUGAUCCUCCCGCAUGGUCCCUAUUCUCAUGAUCCGGAGAGGCGCGACCCGUUCAUAGGCCCUGUAUCACCUGGAGCUCUGAACCUUUCAACAACUCAAUGGAUGGCUGAUCUCGGCGCCAACGACCCCCGGACCGGGUCUGCCCGUAACAAUCACACGAGUCCGGGGCUCUCACGGAUCGCACAGGGUUCGAAUUCAUCCGCGACGAGCAAUCUGGUUGCGACACUCGUUCCUGUUCUCAUCCUAUUCGGUGUGUGUCUGAUAAUCUUCGUAAUCGCCCGCAGAAAAUUCCUUCGGGUGUAUGCCCCGCGGAGUAUCUUGAAAAGUCUCGAGCCACAUGAACGAACCGAGCCACUGUCGACAGGAUGGUUCAAAUGGAUCCCGGAAUUCUAUCGUCUACCAUCGAGGCAUGUGCUGAACCAUUCGUCCUUUGAUGGCUAUCUUCUCCUCCGCUUUCUGAAGGUAUUGGGAGUGAUAUGUCUCGUUGGUAUUGGCCUCCUAUGGCCAAUCCUGCUCCCGUUACAUGCCACAGGAGGAGGAGGGAACGAAGGCUUGGAUCUGUUGACCAUGGGGAAUAUUAAAGAUCCUCGGCGACUCUAUGCCCAUGCGGUUCUGGCAUGGAUCUAUUUUGUCUUCAUUUUGUAUAUGAUUUCGAGAGAAUGCAUCUUCUACAUCAAUCUCCGACAAGCAUAUCUGCUCUCGCCAUUCUACGCCGAUCGGCUCUCAUCGCGAACUGUUCUCUACAUGAAUGUACCGCGGCAGUACCUCGAUGAAGAACGACUGAAAUGGAUUCUCGGAAAGUCCGUAAAGCGGAUAUGGAUCCCUCAAAGCACCGCAGAGCUCGAAAGACUGGUCAAGGAGCGAGACCAAACUGCCAUGCGACUCGAGAAGGCCGAAUUUUCUCUCAUCAAGAUGGCAAAUGCCGCCCGGACGAAAGUGCUCAAGAAAGGAAAGUCGGGCAAGGGGCAAGACCAGGAUCAGGAUCAGGGCCAAGACCAGCAACAACAACCUGCAUCUCCUCAACUGAAACAGAGCUCCGAUGAGAUUCGCAAAGAGUCCGCGGCAGGGUCUGAUGGAUCCAAGACGAUCCAAGUCUCCGAGAGUCCCAACUCUCCGAGCACCAUCAACAGCUCCACCAGCACCCAAGGUGGCAAGUUCGAACUGAUCCUACCGAACGUCAACGGCUCCGUGGCAGGGCAAUGGUUAUCGCAUAGCUCUCGACCCCACCACCGACCUAUCGCGAACUACGGUCGGCGCGUCGACACCAUCAAAUGGACGAGGAACCAGAUCAAGAAACUCAACUCCAAAAUCAACGUCGUCCGCCGUCACCAACUCUUUCGUCCUCAGAGCAUGAUGCCUUCGGUUUUUGUCGAGUUUGAGACGCACACCGACGCACAGAACGCCUACCAGACCCUCACGCACCACCGUCCCUUGCACAUGUCUCAUCGGCUGAUCGGCGUGAGACCCUUCGAGAUCAUCUGGCCGUCGUUGCACAUGGCAUGGUGGGAAGCCAUCGUGCGGAAAUUCUCCAUCCGCGCCGCCAUCACGGCGAUGAUCAUCUUCUGGGCCAUUCCGUCGGCGGCCGUGGGGACAAUUUCCAACAUUACCUACUUGUCUACCAAAGUCCCCUUUUUGCACUGGAUCAAAGAUCUCCCGAGUGUGGUCAAAGGUUUGAUCAGCGGUGUUUUACCUGCCGUGGCGCUGUCUUUGCUCAUGAGUAUCGUCCCGGGCAUAUUGAGAUACAUGGCACGACUAUCUGGAGUUCCGACUCUGACCAGAAUCGAACUCUUCGUCCAGCACGCAUACUUUGCAUUCCAAGUCGUCCAAGUCUUUCUCAUCACGACACUAACGUCGGCAGCAUCGGCUGCCGUCACCAAGAUCAUCGAAGAUCCCACGACGGCCAAAUCACUCUUGUCCCAGAACUUGCCGAAGGCUUCGAAUUUCUACCUGUCUUACUUUCUCAUUCAGAGCUUGGCCAUCGGUGCCAUCGCUCUCGCUCAACCAUAUACCCUGUUCAAAUUCAACAUUCAGCAAAAGUUCCUGGCAAACCCACGAAAGAUAUAUACUCGUUGGCACAGACUUCAAAGAGUCCAUUGGGGUUCGGUGUUUCCCGUUUAUACCAAUCUGGGGGUCAUUACACUUAGUUACGCCCUCAUCGCCCCUGUGGUUCUAGGUUUCGCCGCCGUCGGUGUUGGCUUUUUGUACGUCGUAUACCGUUACAAUCUGAUGUUUGUGUACGACGCCGAAGUCGACACCAAAGGGCUCGUCUAUCCUCGAGCCCUCCUCCAAAUGAUUUUGGGAUUGUAUUUCUCCGAAGUCUGCAUGAUCGGGCUCUUCUCGCUCCGAGGUGGUUUGGGGCCCUUGGUCUUGACGGCCAUGUUACUCGUGAUUACGGUUCUUGUUCAUGUUUCGCUACUCGAUGCCGUCCGUCCGUUCCUGAGCAGCCUCCCCCGAACCUUGACCGUCGAAGAAGACAAAGAUACCCUCUUCCCUCCCGAGAGUGAAUCAUCGGCUCCACGCACCUACCAAGAACCGGCGUGGCUUCGAGACCUUGAGAAAUAUACCGACGAAGUAGACGAAGAGGAUGAUGGACCGGUCCACGAACCAGGGGCGACCAGGGGAGCCCUCCCAGUCGUUGAGGGAGCCACGGGAGCGGCCGACACUUUGAAGAGUGGCAUCACGGACGUGGUGAAAAAGAAAUUCAAUAAGGACCAUCCGGAGAUUCGGACUCACUUGACCAGCACCGCUUCUUUCUUCAGACGUUGGAUCAGACCUGAACUUGGCCAAAAGUCGAAUUGGCUCAUCAGGUGGCUCCAUCCGGAAGUGUACUCGGAUUAUACCAUCCUCAGAGGGUGGGUGCCGGAAGAACUCCCCGAACCGAAAUACCCUCCUGAAGUUGAGGAAAAUAUAUACUUGCCUCCAUCGUACCUGGGCAAGCCUCCAACGCUUUGGAUCCCCAAGGACCCAGCUGGCAUCAGCAAGCAAGAAGUCGAACACACCAAAAAAUUCAUAAGUGUUACUGAUGAAUACGUGACCGUUGACGAAAAUGGAGGUGUUAAGAUCAACCUGGAUGAACCUAGACUCGUCUUUGAUAUUGACAAGUUGAGGUAUUAAUUAGUGUCCCCCAGGGUCGGCGGAUGUUGGCCAAAAACGAAGACUAUUUUCGUCGGCUGAUGCUGAUUGAUGUUGAAUGAAUGAACUCUUGUAACAAAACAAAGCAAAAAGAAAUGCACAUCAUGAUGGGGCCCUUGUUGUCCUUGGAUGUCUGUUUCUUUUUUCCACCUACUUACCUUAACUUACCUUACCUACCUACCCUUUUCUUUACCAAUUGGGCACUUGUACAUAUAUACAGACACACACACAUCUGGACACAGAACCAUGAAGAAUCAACGGAUACAACAUCAAGACGAAACAGGGACGUCUGAACCACCAUUAUUACAGGAGGAAGCUCGGGAGUCAGGAGAAAGAAAUACUGACAAUUAC